AUGGUGCCGAUAUUGGACUCGCUUCCAACCGACGGACGGACUACAAACUGCCACGAGACAGGGAAAUUUGGGGCUUCCGGGACAGAUGUUACUGCUCUAGCUGCGACUGCCAGUGGAAGAACCGCCAUUGAAGGCGAAGCAGAUCAUGGCCGACUAGAUGUCUUAUGCAUGCUUUUACAGAUCUACCUGCCCGGCCAAGCCAAGAAUGAUCAGCUGAAGAGAGCGGAGAAACUGGCAGAGAAGAACGAACACACUGGAAUAAUAAGGGUAAUUCGCAACUACCAGAACUGCGAAGGCUGA